AUGGCGUCUGAAAGUCACAGGAAUCCCGAAUUCAGAGGACUGGGAACGCCUCUCACAUUCAAUAGUUUACUGGCUGUGAUGCGGGUCAACGAAGAAAUUUUGCUUCGGCAUAUGAUGAAGAAGACGCCAUCCAAGAGGAAGAAGCUGCCGUAUCUCGUGCUGCUCCACGACGGAGCGAUAGAUCGUCCUCUCAUCCCCAACAUAGUGUUCUCCCUUGCAAGCUUCACCGACGCUAACUGUGAGCUAGAGUUCCACUUUGACAUCGGUGGGCUGCAGCGCCUCUGCACUCUGCUCCAAGUAUCUGCUGUGGUCAUCACCGCGCACAGGGACCGGGUUAUGGCUAUAGAAGCUCUCUGCAUCAUGCUACGACGGCUCGCGUAUCCUCAACGCUUAGACCCUGCAGCGGCUUCAUCAGCCACGUCGCAUCCUUCUGCUUGCCCUUGCACCAUUCUUGUCUUCGUUUACGCGGAAUGUAAAAUGCUGAGGCAGAACUAA